GGGGAACGGAAACUACAUUUCCCGCUGAGCGCGUACGUGGAGGAAACUUAUUAGUUUUCUCCCCACGGUUAAUUUUCGCCUCCUGCUUUGCAACAAGUUGCACUGAAAGCCGGGUCUUGCCAUGGCUGAAUGUAGGGGGGAGGUUGUGUUUCAGAACCGGGGAUCCAGGAUUGCAGAUUGUGCAGCCUGUGAUGACCGGGCCUUGAUCCGUUCCUAUGACCAGGCUGUUCACUCUUUUCAGGAAACCCUCGGAAAGAGCAAAAGCCCUGCUGAAUGCAGAUUGAGCAAUGAAAGCGAAUCAGAUGCGGAACAAGAGGAGGAGGAGGAAGAAGAAGAGGAGGAAGAGGAGGAAGAAGGCAGGCAGUGGCAGAUUGGAGAUUCCUGCCUUGCAGUGUGGUCAGGUGAUGGGCUCCUGUACCCAGCAUGCAUCACUGCUGUGGAUGAGGACUUGGGGAGCUGUACAGUCUGUUUUGAUGGCUAUGGAAAUAAGGAGGAGCAACUGCUGACUACACUGCUGCCUCCUGGCUGGAGACCCCCAGAAGAUGAGGAUGCAGCGAGGGAGUGGACCGUGGGGGACCCUUGCCAAGCUGCGUGGUCAGGAGAUGGCCUGGUGUAUCUGGCCACUGUUCGGGAGGUGGAUGUGAAAUCCGGUACUUGCUGGGUGGAGUUUGACUCCUACGGCAACCGGGAGUGGCAGGCGCUGACUGACUUUCUGCCCCUUACAGGAUGCAGGGAAAAAUCGAGUGACACUUUGCAAUUCCCAGUGGGGAGAAGCGAUGAAGACAAAGGCUGGGCGAAUGCCAGAAUCCCCUCGCCCCAGAAGGAUGAAAAACCUUCCCUCCCAUCUGCUCUGCACGGUCACAACGACGAUGAAGCUCUUCUCAGUAUGCUGCUGGCUUGGCAUUUGAGUGGCUACCAUACCGGCUACUACGUGGGCCUAAGACAGGGGCGGAAGGAGGUGGCCAUUGCUGAGCCAAAGAAGAGACCUUCUCAGCAUCCCAGAGCUUUUCUCAUGUCUGCUUCAACCACCUCCUCUGGUGUGAAUCCCAGCCAAGAAGGAACUCUUGCCUCUGUCUGGGGAACCUGCAGUCUGAGCCUGGCCAGAGUUAGCCUUGAACCAGUGGAGGGAUGUGAGACCAGUGGAGGGAACCCCACCGCCGUCCCUAUCUGUACCAGAUGUUUGUCACAUUUUCUCUCUCACUCAAAAAAAAAAAAUUAACAUCUCAUCUAUUGUUUUCCCCCUCCCCCCAAUAAAAACUUUGGUCUGGUUUUGCAA